ACGUGAGGAGGGCGGGGCUUCCCGCUUGUUAUUUUGAAAGGAAAGCGUCGGAUACUCAGUAACGGAAUAGUUAAGGGCCUCUCCGGACUGUGUGGGAAGAGGAACUCCUGAGUUCGGGUGGAGCCGGAAAAAACCUACCUCAUACCUUGGUCUGGUUUUCAUUCGACUUCCUUCCAGGCGGUGGGAGAAGGGGAAGAAAUUCUCCCCAAAAGUCCAAGAGAGGAGCGACAGAAACCAAACGGAGACACGGCGCCUUCGGUCACGUCACUCAGGUGAAAACUAGGUGGUGCUUCUCGGAGUAGCCCUUAAAAGGAUGAAAAGGCAACAGAGUUUGACAGAUUUGUUCAAUAAGAAACCAAAAUCAGAACCAGUUGUAUCAGAAUUGGCCUUGGAUUGUACAAAACAGUCACGAGCACAACCACUCCAUCUUGAAGAAAGCAGCACGUCAAUUAUUGAAAUAAAAAACGAUAACUUCAAAAUUGAAAAUAGUCUUCCUGAAUGCUGGACGGUGCAACAGUAUAACAAUUUUAAAGAAAAAUAUGACGGACUGGUAAUUUCUAACAAAAAGUUAGGUUGCGAGUAUUGUGCAAAAUAUGACUUCACAAAAGAGAAAAGUGUUCAUGUGUCAAAAGAAUGGAAAUGCUUUCAGAUUGAGGCAUCAGGAAAAAAUAAACAGGUACAACAGGCUUCUCUAAGAAAAAAAAUGAAAGAACAUUUUUCAUCAAAAGCUCAUAACAUUUGUGAAGAGAAUUUAAAACAAUGUGAGCAGGAUUCAGUAACAAAAGUAAUAGAUACGAUGGAUGAAAAAUAUUUACGUACCACUUGUAGAGUAUUUAAUACAGUUUACAGCCUGGCAAAAAGAUGUAAACCGUUUUCAGACAUAGAAGCUGAGAUAGAAGUGCAAAUUAAAAAUGGAUUAGAUAUGGGAAUAGGAUUACAUUCACGUAAAACUGCUGUGAAAAUAGUUGAUUUCAUUGCAAAGGAAAUUAAAAAAGAAAUAUUUACUAAAAUUGUUGAAAAGAAUCUGAAAAUAUGUUUGAUUAUUGACGAAGCCUCAACGAUAUCUUGCAAACCAGUUAUUAUACUUUUCUUAAAAGUUGAGGAUUCGGUUACAUCACCAACAAUUUUCGUUGAGCUAGUUGAAUUGGAAAAACAAGAUGCAGAGACAAUAUGUUCUUCAGUUAUGGAAAGUUUAAAUAAUGUUGGGCUUACCAAGAACUACCUAGAAAAGAAUUUAAUAGGAUUUUGCUCCGAUGGUGGCAGCAUUAUGCUUGGGAGAAAAUCUGGAGUGAGCACUAGGAUAGCAGAAGAGUUUCCAAACAUCAUAAUAUGGCACUGUUUAAACCAUCGCCUCCCUCUUGUUUUAGAUGACUCGAUAAAAGAAAUAAAGCAAGUAAAUCAUUUUAAAAUAUGUAUUAAUAAGAUAUAUACUAUUUUUCAUCAAUCCAAUAAGAACCCAAUUGAACUUACCAAGAGAAGUUGCCUAACUGUUUCUAAUAUAUCAAACACAAUGACUAUUAGUCUAAUCGGCCUACCUCUAAAGGAAUGGGAUCCUACUCCCACAGUGAAAAGAUGGUUAAGGAUAAAUCACACAGCCGAUGAUGCUCGGAUAAAAGUGAAGAAAAUUGCAAGUGAGGAUGCCAAUCAAGAAGCAAUAUGGAAAUAUCUUAAAUAACAGUUUUAUUGUUUUUUUGUCAAGUAUUUUUUAAUAUUUUUCAUUAGUAUUUUCAAACUUAUAACAAUC